AUGGCCCAGGUCUACCCGGUUAUCACAAGUGGCGUUGAGGACGUUGGACCCGAGUACAUCGGAGUGGGCGGAAUACCACCCUCGGCUGAAGCAACUACCUCCUGCAUGCAAAUUAUGUUCGCAAACCAAGACCUUCCAGAUGUGGUCGUGUCGGAUAAUGGGCCAGCAUUUACCAGUGAGCUGUACUCCACAUUCUUCAAGAAAAACGGGGUGAGGCGAAUGCUGGUGCCGCCGUAUCAUCCAGCGUCAAACGGGGCUGCAGAGCGGGCAGUGCAGACUGUCAAAAACAAGUUCCGGAAGGCUGGCCCUGGAGAUAUUCGCACUCAAAUUGCCCGCAUGCUCCUGACUUACAGGUCAACGCCUCACGAGGUCACGGGUUGCUGUCCGUCGGAGCUGUUUGGGGCAGAACCUGAGGACUGCGUUGGACCUGCUACACCCAGACCUCAGGACUAA